AUGCCCCUCUCGAUCGCAUCUGUUCUUCCCGACUCCACCACCCGCACGGCCACCUCGUUCACCACCAAUGUGCUCGUGGUGGGUGGAGCGUACGCAGGGCUUGCUGCCGUCAAGAGCUUGAAAAAGCACUUCCUCGAGCGUUCUUCCGACCCGUUGUACUCGACUGCGUUGGCCAGCAAGAGCCCCAAGAUCUCCAUCACCUUGGUGGAGCCGCGUUCCGGUUUCUUGAACAUCAUUGGCAUCCCCAAAGCGUUCGUGGACACCGAGUUCGCCAACACCCAGUACGUGCCGUUAGACCAGCUCCACCAGCUCACGUUCGACCGUAUCGUGUCGAACGACGGGCCUACAGCCGACUCAUUGGCCAAGGUCCACGCAGCCAGUCCCUCCUCCAACAAGGACGCUGGCAUAGAGCUCACCUACGUCCACGGACGAGUCACCGAGCUCGGCACCAAUUCGGCUACUUACGCCUUGAACCAAUCCCAGGAAACCGCCACCAUCGCCUUCGACUACGUGAUCUUGGCCUCGGGCAGAAACAGAUCCUGGCCAACCACUCCAGAAGCAUACACCUCCCAGUUCUACCUCGACGAAAUGCGAGCAUUCAAAGAAAAGGUGGCCUCGCACCAUACGGUGUCCAUCAUUGGCGCAGGAGCCGUGGGGAUCGAGGUUGCAGGCGACAUCAAGUUGCAAUUUCCCGAGAAAACCGUCAACUUGAUCCACCCCCAUGCCUCGUUUCCUCCAGAGCCGUUGUGCGAUGAAUUCAAGAAAACCGUCCAUGAGUCGUUGCAGAGGGCAGGAGUCAAUAUCCUCACUAAUACCAGAAUUGCGCGAGAAUUGCCCAACGGCGACUUGGAAACCACCUCUGGUGAGGUGGUUCCAUCCUCGUUGAACCAAUGGUGUAAUUCUCACAGGAAUAACACCCAAAUACUCACCAGUGAAUUGCGCACGGAAUUCGUUACUGCUUCUAAUAAUAUCUUGGUCAACGACUACCUCCAGUUGACCAGCACCAACUCCCAGCACACUCACUUCUUUGUCAUCGGAGACUUGGUAGAGUUGCCCAUCAUCAAGAGCGCAGGCUGGGCCAUGUACAUGGGCAGACAAGCCGCUAACAACAUCACCAGCUUGAUCUUGGAUGACAAGUUGGUGGAGCCCAUGCCAGAUCUCACCCAGAUGCCUCGAGGAAUGGUUUUGGUGGCAGGAAACGGCGAGAUCGUGUCUGAGUUGAGCGGGUCUGUGGAGCUCAACCAUGAGGGCUACGUUAAUGAGUAUAAAGAUUAUUGUAUUGGCAAGGUCAGAGUGACCUUGGACCUUUAG